GCCCGGCCCGGCCCCUUGUCCUGCGUGCUGUGGGAAGCGCGGAGUCGCUCGGGCGAAGGCUGAGAGGGGCUUGUGGGACGGCCAUGGCACCGCUGAGGGACUGCAAGGCCUGGCAGGACGCUGGACUUGGGCUGUCGACCGCUAGCAACGAAGCCUGUAAGCUAUUUGAUGCUGCGCUAAGCCAGUAUGCAACGUGGCGCAACGAUGAGAAUCUAGGAGGUAUUGAAGGGUGUCUUUCCAAGUUAAAGGCUGCAGAUCCAAAUUUUGUCAUGGGACAUGUCAUUGCUAACGGAUUGGAGCUUAUUGGCACUGGAAGCUCAGUGCGGCUCAACAGAGAUCUGGGCAGUGCGCUGAAAACAAUGAUGACGCUGUCGAGAUCUCAGCCCCUGACUGAGCGGGAGAAGCUUCACGUAUUGGCCUUGGACAUGUUUGCCAGUGGACAGCUUCCAAAAGCUUGUGAUGUAUGGGAACGGAUUCUACAGAACCAUCCGACUGACUUGCUAGCCCUCAAAUUUUCCCAUGACACUUAUUUCUACUUAGGAUAUCAAAUACAAAUGCGAGAUUCUGUUGCUCGGGUUUUUCCUUUCUGGACACCUGACGUUCCUCUGAGCAGCUACGUGAAGGGCUACUAUGCUUUUGGACUCAUGGAAUCAAACUUUUUUGAUCGUGCAGAGAAGCUUGCCCGUGAGGCUUUGGAUGUAGAGCGGACAGAUGCGUGGUCUGUUCAUACUGUAGCUCACGUAAAUGAAAUGAAAGCAGAGGUGGAGAAAGGGUUGGCGUUCAUGAAGGAAACAGAAGACAACUGGAAGGUAAGCUUUGUCACAGCAUCUCUGAAAAAUAUCUUUGUAGGUCGUCUUUGCCUGCUCCAGCCAAGUCCUGCAGUUCUUCAUCUCAUUCCUUUCUGCCUGUGUAUGUGUUACAAGCAAUGCAAGUUUCAGAAAUGAGUAGAAGACUUCACUUGAGGUGCUGUUAUCCAUGCUGAUUUUGAAGCAAGAGGCAGAAAAAUGUCCGUUCUGAAAGGC